AUGCCCCGUGGUCAUAAGAGUAAGCUCCGUGCCCGUGAGAAACGUCGCCAGGCCCAGGGUGACACCCACAGUGUCAAGGGUGCUCAGGCCACUGCAGCAGAGGAGGAAGGGUCCCCCUCCUCUUCCACUCCUCCUUUUGGGGGGUCUCCCCAGAGCUCCACUGCUGCUUGCACUCCCCAGGGGUCUCAGGGAGCCCCAUCCACCACCACUGCUGCUGCAGGUGCUUCGGGCAGAAGAGCUCCUAGAGGGGCCAAGGGCCAAGGUGAGGGAGGCCCAAGUUCCUGUUCUGCCCGAGCCCCCAGUGAGAGGUCACGAAGAGACCCUCUAACCGGGAGGGUGAUCAUGUUGUCACAGUUCCUGCUGUCCAAGUAUGAAACGCAGGAGCGCAUUACGAAGGGAAAUAUGAUGAAGAUCAUCAACAAAAGGUACAAGGAGCACUUCCCUGAGAUCCUGAGGAGAGCCUCUGAGUACAUAGAGAUAGUCUUUGGCCUUGACGUGAAAGAAGUAGAUUCCAAAGGUCAGUCCUAUACCCUUGUCAGCAAAUUGGAGAUCACCGAGGAAGAGAAUCUGAGUGGUGGCAGGGGGUUUCCAAAGAAGGGGCUCCUGAUGCCUCUCCUGGCCAUGAUCUACACGAAUGGAAACCGUGCCACCGAGGAGGAGAUGUGGGAAUUCCUGAAUAUGGUGGGGAUGUGCGAUGGCAAGACGCACUUCAUCUUUGGGGAGCCCCGGAAGCUCAUCACCAAAGAUUUGGUGCAGGCAAAGUACCUGGAAUACCGGCAGGUGCCCAACAGUGAUCCACCACGCUACCAAUUCCUGUGGGGUCCCAGAGCCCAAGCCAAAGCUAGCAAGACGAAAGUCCUAGAGUUUUUGGCCAAAGGCAACAAUACGUGUUCCAGUGCCUUCCAAGCCCUGUAUGAAGAAACUUGUAGAGAUGAGGAAGAGAGGGCCACAGGCAGAGAAUGGGCUGGGGCAAGUCCUAAUGCCAGGGCCAGGGCUAGUGUCAGGGUGAGUCCAGCCGGUCGUCCUAUCCCUAGUGAAGUCUGA